CGUGAGCACAGGUGUGUACCUGGCACGGUUCACCCCCACCCCUGUUCAUUUUGCGUUGUGAGAGAGCCCCUGACACGUCUGUCUGGAAUGCGCCAGGUUGCAGCCCCUAUUCCGGCUCCUCCAGAACGUCCUUUUGAAAUUAUGGCUGCACCUUUCCCCACAUCUUUUCCUAUACUCACCUGUCCAUGGCCCCAUGAAGUUGGGAGACCUCCUCGUCAACCUUCUACUGGUGCUGGCCAAAGUGGCCAUCUACAAUACCAGGAGGAUGCUGGACGAGGAGGGGCCGGUGACCUUCGAGGAGGUGGCUGUGUAUUUCACCAGGGGAGAGGGGGCUCUGCUGGACCCCGCUCAGAGAGCCCUCUGCAGAGACGUCAUGCAGGAGAACUAUGAGACGGUGACCUCGCUGGAUUCCGAGAUUUUUAAGCUCAGAAGGGAUGACUUGGUCGUCUAGGCUGAUCUCCUGCAUCACACAGACUGUAGAGUUUCCUUCAGUUACUGCUGUACUGAGCUGGACACCUGGUGUUUAAAGACUUGAACAGAUGGGGAAUCCCCCAGUUCCUGUGGUGGUUUGUUACCCUUCAGGUGAUGCAAAGAUUAUGUCUACACUAUGAAAUUAGGUCGAUUUUAUAGAAGUCGAUUUUUAGAAAUCGAUUUUAGACAGUCCAUUGAGUAUGGGA